GGAUUGUGCGCGCGCACGUGUGUGUGUCUGUGUGUAUGUGCGCGUGAGUGACGUUGCUCGCUCGCGCACCUCUUCAGCUGGUGCAGCGCGCGCUCCGCACUGUUUUCUGGCAGAGAUACUCCGAACAUCACAUAAUGGUGGUACCUGUGUUUAAGUACAUCUGGGGGGCGAAAAAUGGACUCAUCCUCUUAUGCACUCCGUUUCUUCUUCUUCCGCUGCCUCUGGUUAUCGGAACGAAGGAGGCUAGCUGUGCGUACGUUAUUGGGCUGAUGGCAGUGUACUGGUGUAUGGAGGUGCUGCCGUUGGCCGUCACCGCUCUCUUACCUGUUGUGCUCUUCCCUUUAUUUGGUGUCAUGGAGUCCAAAGACGUGUGCAUGCAGUACCUGCAGGACACGAACAUGCUGUUUUUGGGUGGGCUAAUGGUGGCCGUGGCUGUAGAGCAUUGGAACCUGCACAAACGCAUUGCGCUGCGAGUCCUGCUCAUCGUUGGAGUGCGGCCUGCUCUGCUGAUGUUAGGUUUUAUGGGUGUGACGGCCUUCCUGUCCAUGUGGAUCAGUAACACUGCCACCACAGCCAUGAUGGUGCCCAUAGUUCAGGCUGUACUGGUCCAGCUGAACAACACAGCAAGAGAAGAGGAACCUCGGCCUGUUCCCUCUUCAGAGAAUGAUGAAAAGCAGUCAGAGAAACAGGCUGAUGGCCAGGUUGUUCUUAAUGGCCUCAGUUUUUCCCUGGAUGCUGAAACAGUGGAACAGUGCAGGGAGGCUGAGGAGAGGCUGAGGAUGUGUAAGGGCAUGACGCUGUGUGUGUGUUACGCUGCCAGCAUCGGCGGCACUGCUACUCUCACUGGAACUGGACCCAACCUGGUUCUCACAGGACAGAUGAGCCAGCUCUUCCAAGACAACCCAGAUGUCAUUAACUUUGCCUCCUGGUUUGGCUUUGCCUUCCCGAACAUGAUCAUUAUGCUCCUGGCGGCCUGGGUUUGGUUGCAGUUUGUUUUCCUGGGCUUCAACUUCAGAAAAACAUUUGGCUGUGGCACUGUGAAGACAGAGAAAGAGAUUGCUGCAUAUAAUGUGAUCCGUGAGGAGCAUCAGCUACUGGGGCCCAUGUCCUUCGGCGAGAUAAAUGUUUUAGCGCUGUUUAUUCUCCUGGUGGUGCUGUGGUUCACACGUGACCCAGGCUUCGUGCAUGGUUGGGCAACACAUCUCUUUAAUGCAGAAAAAGAAUACGUGACCGAUGCCACUGUGGCAGUGUUUAUAGCUGCUCUGCUCUUUGUGCUGCCCUCUAAACCCCCCUGCCUCUGCUCCUGGAGGUCACAGAGCUUUGACACAGUGCCCCAGUCUGACAGUGAACCCAGAUCAGCAUUGCUGACCUGGAAGGUGGCCCAGCAGAAGAUGCCAUGGAGCAUUGUGCUGCUGCUUGGAGGAGGCUUUGCUCUGGCUAAGGGCAGUGAGGACUCAGGCUUAUCUUCAUGGCUUGGAGAGCAGAUGUCUCCACUCCAGAGCAUUCCUCCAUGGGCCAUUGCCAUUAUUGUGUGUCUGAUGGUAGCCACUUUCACCGAGUGCACCAGCAACGUGGCUACGGCAACCCUGUUUCUGCCUAUACUCGCCUCUAUGGCCCAGUCCAUACAUGUGAACCCACUGUACGUCAUGAUUCCUUGCGCCCUCAGCGCAUCUUUUGCCUUCAUGCUUCCAGUGGCAACCCCUCCAAAUGCUAUCGUCUUCUCCUACGGUUAUCUGAAAGUGUCUGACAUGGCCAAAACAGGUAUUGUGAUGAAUAUCAUUGGUAUCCUGUGCAUCACGUUGGCGGUAAACAGUUGGGGCAGAGUUUUAUUUAGCCUAGACACCUUUCCCAGUUGGGCUAAUGCCACAGGGGUAUGAGAGAAUGGACAACUCAUAGUCAACUGAUCAGACCACGCACAGCAGCCUCCUCUACAGCGCUUAAAGCUCAGAAGAUGAGGGUGCCACCUUCAUCACAACACUGCGGGGUUUCACCGGAGAAGCCAGCAAGUCCUCACCUGCACUUAUACUCUGUGACAGUGUGCAUUACAUGCAGUUUAUCAGUAUCACUGCAAUAUACAAAUCAAAGUGCAGCAGCUACUGUAAUGAUAUGGCAGUGACAGCAAUGAAAUUACAUAUCAUUUAUUACAUAAAACUUAAGAAGGAUACUCAUGGAAGCCUAUGAGAGCUGAAAUCAUGUCUGUAUAAGAUUUCUAUGUGUUUCUAUUUAUCAGUAUACAUGUAAAGAAUACAUAUUUUUUUUCUUUAAAUACAUAAUUUUUUUUCUCUACAUAAUUACAGACUCAGGACAAUAUAGUGUAUAAUAUAGUGUUGAUCAUGUAAAAUAAAAUAUAAAAUGAAACGUUAUUUCCAUCGUUGUUUAGACCUAUACUACAUCAAAUGUGAUAUAAUUUUGGACAUAUUAAAAACUUAUAUAUCA